UAGGGAAUCGGGCGGGUUUCCUUGGUUUUUUUUUUUAUUGCCGAGGUCACCCUACAGAAGUUAUCCUUUAACUCCUCUACAAUUUUUGGAUCUCUGGCAUAGACUAGAGAAUCUUCCGAGGUGGUCUUGCUGUAUUCUAAACUUUUAGGAAGAGAAUGACUCAUUGGUUUCAUCGAAACCCUUUAAAGGCUACAGCUCCUGUCUCAUUCAAUUACUAUGGAGUAGCCACAACUCCAGCUGCGACAAAAAUCUGCAAUGAUUUAAGGUUAUCAAGAGCACGACUCCUGGAACUUUUUACUGAUUUAAGUUGUAAUCCAGAUAUGAUGAAAAAUGCAACUGAUUCCUAUUUUUCACUCUUGGAAGGCUUUAUAUUUGCCCUGGAUAACUCUUCACAGGAUAGCAAACUGCGAUACAUCCAGAAUUUUAAAUGGACAGACACGUUGCAAGGACAAAUACCAAGUGCCCAGCAAGAUGCUGUGUUUGAAUUAGUUUCUAUGGGAUUUAAUGUGGCCUUGUGGUACACUAAAUAUGCAUCAAGAUUAGCUGGGAAGGAAGACAUAACAGAAGAUGAAGCAAAAGAUGUCCAUCGCAGUAUGAAAAUAGCAGCUGGGAUUUUCAAACAUUUAAAGGAAAGCCAUAUCCCUAAAUUGAUCACUCCUGUAGAAAAGGGAAGGGAUUUAGAAGGUCGACUAAUAGAUUCCUAUAUUAUCCAAUGUCAAGCUGAAGCACAAGAAGUGACAAUUGCCCGGGCUAUUGAGCUGAAACAUAAUCCUGGUCUAAUAGCAGCCCUGGCCUAUGAAACAGCCAAUUUCUAUCAAAAAGCAGAUCAAACGUUAUCUAGUUUGGAUCCUGCAUAUACAAUGAAAUGGAGAAAAUACCUUCAGUUGAAGUCAUGCUUCUAUAUGGCUUAUGCUUUUUGCUACCAUGGUCAGACCCUCUUGGCCAGUGAUAAAUGUGGCGAAUCUAUUAGGUCUCUACAAGAAGCAGAAAAAUUUUAUGCCAAGGCAGAAAAACUAUGCAAAGAAUAUGGUGAAACCAAAGGGCCGGGGACUACAGCGAAGCCAUCUGGACACCUCUUCUUUCUGAAAUUAGGAACUGUAGUGAAAAAUGCCUUAGAAAAAUCUCAGCGAGAAAAUGGAUUCAUUUACUUCCAGAAGAUUCCUCCAGAGGCUCCUCAGCUUGAGUUGAAAGCAAACUAUGGUCUAGUUGAGCCGAUUGCUUUUGAAUUUCCGGCUGUGCAUGCUCAGUGGUCCCCAGAAUCCCUUGCUGCAUUUGAUCUCACCAAAAGGCCAAAGGAGGACAGUGCUAAACCAAAGGCAGAGGAAGAAGUAAAACCUGUGAAAGAACCAGAUAUAAAGCCUCAAAAAGACACAGGAUGCCAGAUCUCAUAAGACCCUCAACUGCAAAGAACCACUCCUUGUAAACUGCAUACUGUAAACUUUAGGGUUAUUAUUGCCUGACUUGUGUGCUAGUUCUUCUGGCUGCUUUUACUGUAACAAAACAUUUUUUUCCAACUUCAUCUGUGUAUGUGUGUGUAUGUGUACACACCCAAACACACAUAUAUACACACAUCUUUUCAUUGGCUGGGUUUAGUGACUUUCUUUCAGAAGAAAAAAAUUGAAAGAGAUUAAAGCUAGAUUGGAAGAGAUUUGGGACCACAGUGGAUGUUAGCAUUUAGAUGAGCAGGCAUUAGAUUCUGGAACAAAUAAGGGUGAAUGCAAGGGAUGAAAUUGAGGCUCUAUUUGGGGUUUGUAAGGUAUGCACUACAAUGAAGCAAACAAGACAAUGUAUUAGUUUGUUUUAAAGACAGAUUAUUCAAGCCUCGAAUUAUUCAGAAUAACCCGUAUUUACAAACAAGAGGAAAAUACAGUUAAGCACAGGAAAGUUCUAGACUAGGGGUGUCAAACUCGUGGACCCGCGGGCCAGAUGCAUCAUGCGCUGGCCACGCCCACCCCAUUUUGCGAAGGGGAGGAAGUCUCGAUACAUCACGCAAUGACAACGUGACGCAGCAAGUUUGACACCCCUGUUCUAGACAGUAUAAAUUAAGUCUCUGUAGGAAUAUAGAUUGCUGCCGUCUUUGCACUUCAAAUUUUACAAAUGAAAUAAGAUUAAAAGUGAUUUCAAAUGAAGUUUGAUUCUAUGAGGUUGCUCUUUGUGGAAUCACUUUUAAGUACUGCUGUGUCAAAUCAGCAAAGAUGUUUCACUAAACAGUGGAGGCUUUACAUAAUAAAUAUCAUUUAUUAAACAUUUAGAAUUAUGACACAAGGUAAUGUGAAAAAAAAUUGAAUAAAAAGUAUUAAAGCAUGCUAACAAUGGAGAAACUGCUGCAUAAAAUGAGUUUUAUUGAUGUAAUUGGAAAGCUAGAUACCAGAAGAUUCAAAAAGGUGAUGCCAAGAGCAAGUCUUAUUUGGCAGUAAAAGCUGAAAUGUAAAAAACAUACUUUUUAUCUCUGCUUAUUGGUUUCCACCUAUGUUCAAAUGUGGGAGAUUUGUAUUGUAAGACUUCAAUAAUAAUAUUUCAUGAUAUACAGAAUUACAAACAGGGUUGCCUUGAGUAUUUUCUUUGUUAACAGUACCAUAUAUCUUCCUCAUAUACAUAUGUAAUUAGAAAGUUGCAGUAUGCAAUUUGUUGCCAACAGUUGUGUAUUUGCUGCCAGCGAUAAAUGUUGUUUUCCGACAUUAAAAAUAUCAUUAAUAGAUAAAUUAUAGAUAACAAAUGUUUAAGGAAUUUUCACAUGGAAUUUGAUUAAAUUUAAUUUCAAAGUGGAAAACCAAUUGAUAUGUGCUUAGUAUAAUUGACAUCAAAUCUGUUAAUUUAUAUAUUGGAUUUGUUUAUGGUAACCUGUAAAUUUCUCUGACUUGGUUUUUGAAGAUGGUGGGAAUAUUUAAUGUGACUUAGAGGAUAUCACUUAGCAUCUAUGAGAAUCCUUACUAAGGUCAAAAUGUUUAGGCACUUAUUUUGUUACAUUUAUGUUUAUUCAUUAAAUUGAUGUGCAUGCCCUAUUGCAAUCCUACAUUUUAACUCACCAAAAAUCAAGUCAAUCUUUUCCUACUUGCUUAAAAUAAAAACAAGAUAAAUCAGUAACAAGAAAAUAUUUGAAUUAUGAACAUAAAUUUGUUCUGUAUUUUACUAGAUAUGUAAAAAUAUUGAGGAUAUCUAAGCACUUCUUAAUAGUGACCAAAUAUAAUUGAGUUACACAAUGUAUAGUGAGGAACUAUAGUCUUGAUAAACCUUCUGAUUAGUAAUAGAUUAUAUUACAUUUACAGUUAUUGUAUGUUUUGAGAAUAUUUAUUUAUUCAGUUCCAUACAUUUACACAGCCAUGUUUUGUUUCUUUAACAAUUAGACAAAAGAUUACAGUAUUUAUCAGUUUCACUAUAAAUAUCUUUAAAAAGGUUUGCAACCAUUAAAAAGUAUUACAAAAUAUAAAUGACCUAAUCUGGAGCCAUCAGAUUUUUAAUGUAUUUAUUUUUUUGAGGGAAGGAAGGGUAAAAACUUUUCAUUGCAUCUUUGUUAAGAUUUCCCAAGUAAUUAAUUAUUGGUUAAUGAUUUCAGAAUCACUACCUUUAAAAAAAGUGUGGACCUGAUCAAUAAUUAGGAUGGAAACACUGGGAACCUUACAUAAAAUUGGAAGUUGAAGUAAUACAUAUUUUUAAAAGGCUUCCUAGCGCAUCUACAAUUAGAAUACAAUAUUUGUGAUGGUUCAACUAUUUUAAAUUAGUUUGGCUGUGUGUGCCAUACACGCAUGGGCACAGAAGUCCAGACACACAUACACUUCUGUCUUUUUCUGAAAACUCUUCAGCUAUAUUAUGUUUAGAAUAUGAAUACAUUAAUUUUAAUGCUUGGCCAUUGUAGAAUGCAGACAAAUGCAUUUCCAAAUGCUUCUUCAAUCCUUGUUGCAUUUUGUCUUGAUCUUGGCCUUUAGGCUUUAAAUAUAUCAAUAAAAUAUAAA